CUGUGUUCUGUGUUUGUGUAAUGGAAAGCUAGAUGGUGAUUCCAACCAUAUGUCCUCAUAUUCCUUUUUUGAUGAUUCUUUCCAUAGAGAGAGAGACUUUCAUUUUCGGAUCUAACAACCAGCUCCUUCACUUGUGGCUUUUUUUCACCGGUUUGACUAGGUGAUUUGAAAGCCUACAAUACUAGAAAGGGAAAACAAGUGCUUUUCCGGUGGACCUUCACCUUCUUGUGGAUGUAUUCUGUUGUUUGUGUUCUUGUUAUAACAGAACUCAUGUGCCAAACAGUGUACUGGUAGUGACGCUACUUGGCAUCAGGUCAAAUGUUCUGGAUUCAUUUGUUUCUCUUGAAAACCAGGCUCUGUGGAUUCGUUUGGUAACAGUUUUGAAGAUACUUUGUCAUUUACAGUGCAGAGGGAACGACUUCUCUUGUGUAAAACAAGCCCAAGACUUCUGUGAGGUCCACUUAUUUCUGAAAAAUUGGCUAAGGAUCUUUGGUUAAAAGACUGUAGUGGGGCCAGAUUAUACAAUUAUUCGAGUAAAAUUUUUUUUCUUAGUGUUUGACGUGGACAUAUGUAUCCAUUUUCAGGUUCAAGGUUAUGUUGUCUGUGCGAGGAUAUGAUAUUGGUUCUGAUGAGUUUGGAGGGUUGGAUUUGUUGAAGCGUUGAAUAUAGAGGGAAAUACUUUUCUGGCCUAAUGAGUCGAGAAGUAACGAAAGGGAAGCAGAACAAGGGCUCUAACGUUGCCGAGAAAGUGGUGGUCGCCGUGAAGGCGUCGAAGGAAAUUCCCAAGACAGCUCUGGUGUGGGCUUUGACUCAUGUUGUUCAACCUGGGGGUUGCAUAGCAUUGCUUGUUGUGGUUCCUUCCCAAAGUUCUGGCUCUGUGGAUUCGUUUGGUAACAGUUUUGAAGAUACUUUGUCAUUUACAGUGCAGAGGGAACGACUUCUCUUGUGUAAAACAAGCCCAAGACUUCUCGUUGAAUAUAGAGGGAAAUACUUUUCUGGCCUAAUGAGUCGAGAAGUAACGAAAGGGAAGCAGAACAAGGGCUCUAACGUUGCCGAGAAAGUGGUGGUCGCCGUGAAGGCGUCGAAGGAAAUUCCCAAGACAGCUCUGGUGUGGGCUUUGACUCAUGUUGUUCAACCUGGGGGUUGCAUAGCAUUGCUUGUUGUGGUUCCUUCCCAAAGUUCUGGUAGAAAAUUAUGGGGUUUCCCAAGAUUUGCAGGAGACUGUGCCAAUGGCCACCGAAGAUCUCCUUUGGGGACAACUUUGGAACAGAAAUCCGACAUCACAGAUUCCUGCUCUCAAAUGAUCCUUCAGCUCCAUGAUGUUUAUGAUCCGAAUAAGGUGAAUGUAUCAAUUUGUGCCAAGGGUUGGGUAAAUGUGAAGAUAAAAAUUGUUUCUGGAUCACCUUGUGGGGCAGUGGCUGCAGAGGCGAAGAGAACUCAAGCUAAUUGGGUUGUAUUGGAAAAGCAGCUCAAACAAGAGGAAAAAUGUUGCAUGGAAGAGCUGCAAUGCAACAUUGUGGUUAUGAAGCGAUCCCAGGCAAAAGUUCUCCGGCUAAAUUUAAUUGGAUCAUCUGAAAAAGAACCUGAAGCAGCUUGUCCAUUACCUUCUGAAUUGGAUCAAUCAUCCAAGAACCAACAAAAAUGCAAGAGUGAUUCUUUGAAUUCCAUACGGGGGCCAGUUGUGACUCCAACAAGUAGUCCCGAACGAUUUACUGCAACAGAAGCUGGAACUUCAUCUGUUUCAAGUUCUGAUCCAGGAACUUCACCAUUUCUACUGCCUCAAAUAAAUGGAGGCUUGAAGAAAGAGGAACCGUUAGCCACAAAUGAAAAUCGGGAUCCUGAUGAGUCUAGCUCAGACACAGACAGUGGAAAAUUAUCUCCAUCUUCCUCAAGGUUAGGAUUACAACCAUGGAUGGCAGACAUUGUCACUUUACAGUGUCAAUCAGCACAACAUAUGGAGCGAAGUUCACAGAGAUCUAAUAGCCGGGCUCAAGCUUCUACUAUGAAUGCCUUGCUAAAGAAGUUCUCAAAACUUGAUCGAGAAGUUAGAUUGGGGAUGCUGAACUAUAGACCCGAACAGAAAUUCAAUGGUAACAUGAGAGAAGCUAUCUAUUUAUCCAGAAAUGCGCCUCCUGGCGGCCCCCCUCCCUUAUGUUCAAUAUGUAAGCACAAGGCACCUGUAUUUGGAAAACCCACAAGGUGGUUCACCUAUGCUGAGCUGGAGCUUGCUACAGGAGGAUUUGCACAAGCUAAUUUCUUGGCUGAAGGAGGGUAUGGAUCUGUCCACAGAGGAGUCCUCCCAGAUGGCCUGGCUGUUGCUGUCAAGCAACACAAACUGGCAAGUUCUCAGGGCGAUCAUGAAUUUUGCUCCGAGGUGGAAGUCUUGAGCUGUGCCCAGCACCGGAAUGUUGUAUUGCUGAUUGGAUUCUGUACUGAGGAUGGACGAAGGUUACUAGUUUAUGAAUACGUGUGCAAUGGGUCAUUGGAUUCUCAUCUUUACGGGGGUUCCUCGAGGAACCAUCUCUUCGUGCCAUGCAGUGAAACAUAGGAUUAGUGUGAAAGGGGUGCACGUUUUGUCUUGCUUAAAUUAGGUGAAAUUGGCAACACAGAAGAUCUGCAGGAUUUUGUUCAGUUAAAUAUGGGUUUGCUGCAUAUGACAAGUUCUCGCAAUUCUCAGAGUUUGCUAUUUUGAUGACACCACCAAGAUCCAUUGGAAUGGUCUGCACGUCAAAAAAUUGCUGUUGGAGCUGCUCGAGGGUUGAGAUAUCUUCAUGAAGAAUGCAGAGUGGGCUGCAUUGUAC